AUGCCUGAUCAACAGCAUUGGUCGUCUCUCCGCCGCCACACAGCAGUCUCUGAUUACCAAUUACAACUUACACAGACACGAAAACUUCCUCAUGAUUCACAUAACAUCAACCGAAGGCUCACGUUAGGUGACGUUGGUGAAUUGGUUGACGAGAGAGAGCAGCCGGCCCGAAGCGUGACCUUGGGGGAUAUAGGAGAGUGGUUCAAGAACAAGCUUCCGCGGCAUCGGCCGGAAAGAGGAGGGACGUUGAGGGACUCCGGGUAUUGGGAAAAUAGAGACAUGGAUGGUAUGCAGCUGUCACAACCUCAAGACAAACCAGGCAGUCGAACGCCCCCAAGUUUAUCUCUACCAGGAAGGCAACUUCAUGUUACGAAUCUUCAAGGUCGACGGAGCAAAACAGAUGGAUCAGAUCGACUAAUGGAUUGGAAUACACCCAAAAACCUCAGUAAAGAAUUGCCAGAUCAAAGGCCUUCUUCGAAAGAGAAAAGCAGGGCAUAUCACAAGCCACUACCUAUUCAUCGCAGAUGGCACGACUUUGGGCCUCUAAGGAUAGGCAAGAAGCGUGAUCAGAAGGACAUUAGUGGAGGUUCAGAAUCCAUGAAGGGGAAUAGCAAAGAGAAAGGAAAAGAAAAAGAAGAAAUGAGGCGCAGAACCAGAGCUCAGUCUUUUGCCGCAGUCAUGCACGAACCACAGGGUGUACUAGAAGUUAUUGAGGCCAAGAAAAAAGCGAAGAGAAAGGCGCGAGAAGAACGGAACAGUUUGAGAGAGAGCGGGGACUAUCUUGGUGUCCAAGGCAUCAACCCACAGACUGGCGUUCUAGAUGUUACAUCAGACAGCGGAGAGAGCAUCUUGAGCGUCAAGACAGAACAAAAGCUGAAGAAACUCGAGGCUCAGGCCAGGCACGCAUCAUCUGCUGCCGAAAGAAAAGAAGCAGAGAUUGAAAUAGUCAAGAUUCAUCUCGAUCACGACGUCAAGAAAUUGCGAGAUCUAGAGAGAACGGAAAAGGGGUUGGCAGCUUCCGCCACUGGCAAAUGGCGAAAGGGCACGCAUCAGUGGUCAUCGGUGCAAGAGCCUGAUUUAAGCCCCAUUGCCCAAUCGCACAGAAGCACCUCGGCAUUAUCAAGUCAGUACAUGCCUUCUUUUCCCUCAGCAAUGUCCACUAAUCUUGUCUCCUAG